UUUUGAGUGAUCUCCCUCAGUUCUAGUUGAACUGACGUCGAGGUCCUUCGGCGUUGCACGGCUGCAAAAUCGUCUAUAUAUACACCUUAAAUCUCCGUGGAAGAAUGAGCAAAACCUCGAUAUCCAUCACUGUUUAUUUACAUACCAACACUCAUACUUAAGUCGAUUGUAUCAAUAAUAUCAAAAUGUCUCUUCUUACCACAGAGCUUGCUUGCACUUCUGCUCCCGAUCAAGUGUUGCAUCUUUUCUUCCAAGACGGUCAAAACAUUCUCGAGGCGCGAUCUCCAGAUGGCGGUAAUAUUUGGACUACGCAAGAUACUAUCAUUGCCAAAGAUGGAGAUUACAAUGGUUCUUCUAUGACAUGCUACUAUGUAGAGAAGGACGCAGAUUUUGAUAACCAGCCCUCAGUAUGUAUCGGUCCUCGGUGCUUGCUUGUAUCGGCUAACAUAUUAGAUCCAUCUCCUCUACAUGAACAAGGAUAAGCAUUUGAUGGAGAAAGUUAAGCGCAUGAAGGGGGACAAUCCAAUUUGGGAGGAGGUUAAGAUCCCAGACGAUGUCAAAAAAGGACCAGAGCAGUAUUCGAAGUUGACCAGCGGCUCAUUCAACCAAGGCACUGGUUGGAACCCGAAUGGUUCACAAUGGGCCUACUUUUCAGCGUAGGUUAUCAUCUUGAGUACUCGAUUCUGAAAACUGACUAAGUUCAUUCAAAGCGCUAAGGGUGGCAAGAUGGGCAUCGUCGAAAUUCGACGCACCCCAAAGGAUCCAUGGCAUACAGAGACUGUUCUCUCGGAAAAUUGGGGUGAUCAACUCCCUGGAAGCGCUCUCGCCUGUGUAAUUGGGAAUGGAAAGAUCAAGGUGUUCCUCCAGCACCAUGACUACAGCAUCAUACUCUAUGAAAAUCAAAAUAACACAUGGCAUGGUAAGUACUAGUUUUUAAGUCUUCUACUCAUUUUUUCAAGCUAAUUGUUUGUCAGACCGAGGCACCUUCAUCCCGAAAGAUAAGGUUCAAGCAACAACACCACUUGCUUGCACCAUGACCAAGGAUGGAAGCGUCCAUCUUUUCUACGUCUCAAAGUCCAACAAGAUUGUUCACUGCACCGAUGGCAAGAAAGAGGAAGAAUUGAUCAAUUUCUUCCCAGGCUCGAAGUUGGGCGUUACUUCAGUUGAGAACAAGAUCACCUUGUUCUUCAGAAACUUGAACCCUGUCAAUGAAGUUGGCACGCUUGAGAAUGACAAUGGCUCCUGGAAGCAUGGUACUCCUGUUAUCCCCGCAUGACUCUUGGUGACUAAUGAGGAGGAUGAAUUUUUCUUAUGUUGAUUUUCAGGACUCCUGCUCGGAAAAAAAGCCAUCACCUUUCUCUCACACAUAACCACAAUCAGUUAUUUCGGGAUAAUAAUCAUGACGCAAUCCACAUUCUCUUCAUUUUCGCUAUCAAUUAGCUGUUAGUUAUUUUUUGAAUCAGUCAUUGGCAUACCGGAAUCAUGG